AUUUGAAUCGGGUUGAAGGAGUUGCCCAACCUGGAAGCGACCAAUCCUCGGCCUUGGGCCGCACAGAACGGGCCAAGGCGACGGCCGAGAUGGGGAGAGCGAGGGGGGGAGGGAGGGAGAGCGAGGCCGCGGACCGCCGGCGAAGAGGAGGGCCCGGAGGCGGCGGCAGCACAGCCAUGGAGCGCCGCCUGAGGAGAAGCACCCUCCGCUUUGCCUCCGCCAUGAGCAGCGUUGUGGAAAAGGUGAGCUCGACGCGGCUCCAGGGGCAGCUUCGGCGAGCUGGACCGGGCGAGGGUCGCAGGCCUUUUCCAGAAGGCAGAGGCCCCAGGCGGGAUGUGCUCGGGGCUCCUGGGCCGGUUCCUCCCCCCUUUCCCACGGAAUCUACGUGGGGAAACGUUCGAAAUACCUGCUGUGUGACGUCAUGGGGCGUAGGGAUAAUUAAUAAAUGCAAUUGAAAUGUCAAAUUCCGGUCCCUCUCCCUCCCCCCCUUCCUUCUAGCAGGGUUCCUUGCACUCUUGUUGUUGUUUAGUUGUGUCCGACUCUUCGCGACCCCAUGGACCAGAGCACGCCAGGCACUCCUGUCUUCCACUGCCUCCCGCAGUUUGGUCAGACUCAUGUUUGUAGCUUCGAGAACACUGUCCAACCAUCUCGUCCUCUGUCGUCCCCUUCUCCUUGUGCCCUCCAUCUUUCCCAACAUCAGGGCCUUUUCCAGGGAGUCUUCUCUUCUCAUGAGGUGGCCAAAGGAUCUAGGAGUCUUGGUUGACCACAAACUUGACAUGAGCCAACAGUGUGACGCGGCAGCUAAAAAAGCCAAUGCAAUUCUGGGCUGCAUCAAUAGGAGUAUAGCAUCUAGAUCAAGGGAAGUAAUAGUGCCACUGUAUUCUGCUCUGGUCAGACCUCACCUGGAGUACUGUGUCCAGUUCUGGGCACUACAGUUCAAGAAGGACAUUGACAAACUGGAACGUGUCCAGAGGAGGGCAACCAAAAUGGUCAAAGGCCUGGAAACGAUGCCUUAUGAGGAACGGCUAAGGGAGCUGGGCAUGUUUAGCCUGGAGAAGAGGAGGUUAAGGGGUGAUAUGAUAGCCAUGUUCAAAUAUAUAAAAGGAUGUCACAUAGAGGAGGGAGAAAGGUUGUUUUCUGCUGCUCCAGAGAAGCGGACACGGAGCAAUGGAUCCAAACUACAAGAAAGAAGAUUCCACCUAAACAUUAGGAAGAACUUCCUGACAGUAAGAGCUGUUCGACAGUGGAAUUUGCUGCCAAGGAGUGUGGUGGAGUCUCCUUCUUUGGAGGUCUUUAAGCAGAGGCUUGACAACCAUAUGUCAGGAGUGCUCUGAUGGUGUUUCCUGCUUGGCAGGGGGUUGGACUCGAUGGCCCUUGUGGUCUCUUCCAACUCUAUGAUUCUAUGAUUCUAUGAUUCUAUUGGAGCCUCAGCUUCACAAUCUGUCCUUCCAGUGAGCACUCAGGGCUGAUUUCCUUAAGAAUGGAGAGGUUUGAUCUUGCAGUCCAUGGGACUCUCAAGAGUCUCCUCCAGCACCAUAAUGAUUGCACUCUUAAGGGCUAACUUUUGUCUGUCUCAGACAAGCUAUAGCUUAGGGCCCCACUCUCUUGGGGGGGGGCAAAAAAUGUGAAGGGGGGGAAACUGGAUGUACAUUUCCAAAAUAUAAGAUAAAAAACAAAUAAAAUAAAACCUACAUACAGCAACAGUUUUUUGUCUUGUGUGGGCUCCUAUUUGUUAUGUGCAAAUGGCUUGAGAUACCCAUUAGGUCCAUAAAUUACCAUAUAGCAUAUAUUCAACACAAAAACCGCAACAACCUAAAUCUCAUCAAACUUAAAUCUGGCCCUGUCUGUCUGUUUCAGCCAAAUUUGGACACACUGCCUUGAUGUAAAAAUCAAAAUGUUGGAUUGGGGGUGGGUUCGUUGUUUUUAUUUUUGUCAUGUAUGUUAUGGUUUUAUAUCUUGAUUUUAUUCUGUGAACUACCCUGAGACCCCCGGGUAUAGGAUGGUAUAUAAAUUCUAAUGAUGAUGAUGUUCCAUCACAGAUGUGUCAUGUAACAUGUAGUUGGGCCCUGUGUACUGCCAACUAGAUAGGAGUGAGUUAACUUUCAAGUAGGCUAGUUAGUAGUUUGAAUGGAGGUUUAAUAAUGUAUGAAUUUUACCCCCCAAAAAAGCUUUUAUUAUAAUCUCUAGCACUGUAGUCUUAUGUAAAAAUGGUGUGUGUUUGUUUUAAUCCAGUACAACUUCCCCUUUGAUGAUGAUAUGGUCAUUUCUAUCAGAUCAUUGACCUAUGAUACACCUGAAGGUAAGAUUGUUUUUAUCAAUUACUAUAUUCUAGUUUGCCUUUAUAAAAACAUAGUAUAGAGACUUUUUGAAACCUGUGUGGAUGCUGUGUCUGUAGUGUACUUACUCAGUCUGAUGAAAAUGUAUCAAACUUUAUUGAAUCAAAGACUGAUUGGAAACCUUGAGGUUUGUUGUAACAGUGUAUACAUAACAGUGAUAGGGUUUGCAUGCCAUAAGUCAUGGUUAACUGUUUACCAUGAAUAAACAAAUUGCUGUCAGUUUGCUUUUCCCCCAUCACAAGUGAGAUAGCCACAAUCUUUGCCUAGCAUUGUUUCGGAAUUGGGGGUUCUAGUUUGUUUCACUGCAAACAAAAUGACUACCUGACGCCAAUAAGAAACUGUGCCUUCAAACUGUAGUUUGCAUGGAGCAAAAUUAAUUAUGAUCUGAUUCAAAACAAACUUGGUUCAGAUAUAAUACUAAGCUAAGAAUCGUGGUUUGUUGUUUUGUGCUGGAGAGAAUCGGUAGCAAAGCAGGAGCGAUUUGUCAUCAGAAACUGUUUUGUGGAUUGCCACUCUUAGGUAUCACUGUAUUUCUGUGAAUUUUAAUUCUGAGCUUACUUUUUAUAAUCCCCUACCCAACCAUGUAUAUAGGGACAUACAACCCAGUACAGUGGUACCUUGGAUUACAGACACUUCAGGUUACAGACUCCGCUAACCCAGAAAUAGUACCUCUGGUUAAGAACUUUGCUUCAAGAUGAGAACAGAAAUUAUGCGGCAGUGGGAGGCCCCAUUAGCUAAAGUGGUACCUCAGGUUAAGAACAAUUUCAGGUUAAGAAUGGACCUCCAGAACGAAUUAAGUUCUUAACCCAAGGUACCACUGUAUAUCUCUUCAUGCAUUUGAUGAAAUGGACUGUAGUCUAUGACAGCUUAUUCCAGAAUGAAUCAGUCUUCAGAGUGCCACAAGACUUAUUUACUAUGCUUACUGCAAAAGAUUAACAUUACUCUGUUUAUCACAAAUGUCUGUUCUAACAAAUUCUUAUGCAUGUGGCAUUUAUUGUAGAAAUUUUUGUAUCGUUUCUAGGGCCAAGGGUUUGGGGAGAAGAGCAACAGACAAGCACCGAAAUUAUAGAUCGCUCUCAGGUACUGUAAAUGCAUAACUUGUAAUAACCGUAUUUUGAUGUUUUCUAAGUUAUUGUGACAAAUUAAAAAUCUAGAAAUCUCUCUGGGAGACUGGAUGCAUAGCUAUAACAGUAGUAUUUUAAAACAAUGUUUCUGUGGCAACUUGAAUUGAAAAGAAGCCAUAGAUUCUCUUCAGGGUUUGUGAACUUAAGUUAGAGAAUAUUGCUUUCUCUCAUUCAGCUUUCUCUUUUCCUUAAAUUUCAGACCAUUGGUAAAGCUGAUACCAAAAUGAGCACAUCCAAAUAGCUCAAUGGACUUUGUUUUCAUUGUUGUACAUUGCUCUAAUCAAUGGAGACAUUUGACUGAUGAAAACACAGCUUUUGUGGUCUUACCUGCAAUCUGAAAUGCUGGUGGGGUGAUUUAAAUUGGUGAUACCAGUCUUCAGAACAAAAUUCUCACAUUUUGUCUUAAUUACCCUUCCAGACUUACAGGAAGAUAAUUCAUUUGAUACAGUGCAGAUGUAUCAAAUUCAGUGCGCUAAGACAGGGGUUUCCAAACUUGUCCACGGACUACCAGUGGCUCAUGAGCUUCAUUCAAGUAGUUUUCAGUGUGUGUGUGUAAAGGACACUUAACAAUUUGAAUUCUAUGGAAUUCAUAUUUGAGUUCUAUGGAAUUCAUAUUGUAAUACAAUUAACAUCCAAUAGAAGAAAUAAAGCAAAAAAUAAAAUAAAAAUUAUGCAGCAUCUAGCACAGCACAUUACAGGUGCUAUACCAAGCAGAAUUAUUUUUAAGUAGUACGCCAAGUCUUUCAGCAGUUUUCAAGUGAUCCAUGGGGAAAGUAGCUUGGGAACCACUGUAACUAAGAAAUAUGAAAACUGAGGACUUCCGGGUAGUCUUUGCUCACGGACAGAUGCAUAUCUCCCACUUUGACAAGGUUGGGAGGUACGCAUUCGUUAGCGGAGCUAGAAGGGGGAGCUAAGGCUAAGCUGACCCCGAAGCCUUGGAAGGAGAUUCCAGGGCGAUAUGGCGUUGCUGCAGCACGAAGAAGAGGACCCCCAGACCAUUUUCAAGCUCCUAAAAGCUGAGCGAGAAGGGGAAGAACUUCUUCGGUGCUAGUUUCUGCAACCCUCCGCUGACGAGAAGCUCGAGCCCGUGGGUAUGACUAUGGCUAUACUUCUAACAAACUGAAGCAAACCUAAACAAUUAGCCUAUUUUACUUACUGAACUUGCUAAUUUACGAUUAAAACAAAGCGUUUGAACCUAAAACAAAGUGUUUGAACAUAAAUGGCUUUUCGCAACUGACCAAGAUUUACUUACAAGCUAUAUCAGACUGGUUUUUUUAAAAAGACGUCUAUUCCAUUAAUACCUAAGACGUUUUAGCCAUCUUUUUCUGCUGGAGUUAUGAACAAAAGAAUACCUGUGGCUUCAUUAUUGUUGUGACAGAAAUAAACCAAGAAGUCAUGAAGAAGAAAUAAGGGAAGACCUUUCCCAAGUGGUGAAGAUUUGAGGAGGUUUCCAGACUCUUCAGUACAAAAUUAACUGUUGUUCAUAAGUUAGUUUUCAACUGUCUGUUUACGCUGGCAAAGGGAAUUUAAGAGCCAGAACCUCUCAGAACGGUGGUGAAUGAGAGGGUGAUUGAUUACAAAGUUAUAAAACUGUCACAAGACUGAUAAGCAUUGCCUCCCCUCUUCCACGAAGUGCUGCUAACCUUCCUUUCCGGGGGCUUCUGUUUGUCUUUGGCUGUGGACUACUACGGAUGCUCAACGGAGUAUAAAUCAAUUUAACAACGGCUGGGAGUACUUCUGCUGACUCACGCGCUCUGACAUUUUAUUAGAAGAAGAACGAAAAGAGGCAGAACAAACUCCCAACUACAUUUUUCCAAUUAAUAGAACUCCUGAAUUUGUUUGACGCUUGGAGGUUUAAGAAUCCAACAGAGAAAGAAUUUACACAUUAUUCAGAGCCACAUAAUUCGGCGGGACGAAUUGACGCGAUUUGGACAACAAAGGAUUUAUUGAGUUUGCAAAUAAACCUGGCAAACUUCUGGCCUGGCAAUUAAAGAAGAAAAAGGAAGAUAGAAUUAUCAAUAAAAUUAAAAUUGAAGACAAAUGGAUUCAAGAACCGAAGGAAAUUAGUAAAAACUUUGCUAGUUUUUUCGGGAGACUAUAUAAAGAAGGUCCAGAGACUCUAGAAAAAAUAAUUGAUUAUUUGGGCAAAAAUAAACUACCAAUAAUACCUAAGGAAAAAGCUGAAAUCUUGAACUCACCAAUAACAGCUAUGGAGGUGCAACAAGCUAUACAGAGAUCAAAAUUAGGAAAGACACCGGGCCCAGACGGUCUCCCAGCUAAUUAUUAUAAAAAGUUAGAACAAGCAUUAUUUCUUCCCAUGAAAGACCUAAUGAAUAAUAGUCUGGCAAAUGGAAAGCUACCGAAAACCUGGAAGGACAGCUUUAUUACUCUUAUCCACAAACAGGGAACAGAUGCCUCAAACAUGGCCAAUUACAGACCCAUUGCACUGCUAAAUAACGAUUACAAGAUAUUCGCAGACAUUCUUGCAAAUAGAUUAAAAAUGGUGCUGAAAGAGAUAAUUCAUAAAGAUCAAACCGGAUUUCUUCCCGGACGAUUUAUGCAAUCCAAUAUUAGAUGUGUGAUUAAUGUAUUGGAAUAUUUGGAUAUUAAAAUUGAUAAACCAGCAUCUAUUAUGUUGGUGGACGCUGAAAAAGCUUUUGACAACGUGUCCUGGAAGUUUAUGAAAAAAUUAAUGGAAGAAAUCGGACUGGGAGAAAAUAUUUGUAAAGGAAUAAAUGCCAUCUAUUCGGAACAAUAUGCAAAAUUGAUUAUCAACGGAAGAAUUACUGAGGAGUGCAAAAUAAACAAGGGAACUAGACAGGGCUGCCCACUGUCACCACUGAUAUUUAUCUUGGUGAUGGAAGUCUUGAACAAUCAGAUAAGAAAGGAUCAGCUUAUUAAAGGCAUCACUCUGGGAAACAAAACAUAUAAAAUUAAAGCUUUUGCAGACGAUUUACUUGUUAUGACUGAAAACCCUAAAGAAAGUCUGAAAAGAGUGCUGGAAUUGAUUAAAGAAUUUGGAGAAGUGGCAGGCUUUAAGCUGAAUAUAACAAAAACAAAAAUGCUUGUUAAAAAUGUAACCACAGAAGAAAAGGACGACUUAGAAAAAAUAUUGGGCCUGAAAAUCUCCUCAAAAGCGAAAUACUUGGGUAUUUGGAUCACCUCCAAGAACAUAAACCUAUUUCAGGAUAAUUACACCAAAACUUGGUUAGAGAUUAGAAAAAAAUUUGUAACCUGGAGUAAACUAAAAUUAACAUUUCUGGGUAGGAUUUCCAUUAUAAAGAUGAAUGUGCUUCCAAAAUUAAUCUUUUUAUUUCAAAUGAUUCCAAUACUGGGCGAAGCAGGUUGUCUCAAGAUAUGGCAAAGAGAAAUUUCCAAAUUCCUGUGGGAAGGGAAGAAACCUAGGAUUAAACACCUGAUCUUAAUAGACAUAAAAGAGAGGAGGCUUUUCCCUACCCGACUUAAAACUUUACUAUGAGGCAGCCUGUUUCACCUGGCUAAAGGAUUGGUGCAUGUUGCAGGAUCCGGACCUCCUGGACCUGGAAGGUUUUGACAACUGCUGGGGAUGGCACGCCUACCUGAUAUACGGAAAAGCGAAAAUUCAUAAAAUUUUUACCAACCAUGUAAUAAGAAAAUCACUCUUUGCUGUAUGGGAAAAAUAUAAAGACCGAUAGAGCCUAAAGUCCCGUGGUGGACUUCUCCAAUAGAAGCCGUAGCAGUAAAACAGAAAAAUACUCAGGAAAGCUGGCCAACAUAUAAAACACUUCUAAAAACUGAAGAUAACCAAAUAAAAUUUAAAAACUUUGAGGAAAUAAGAGAACACAUCUCAGACUGUUUCCAAUACCAUCAGUUAUUUGAAAAAUUUAAAUCUGACAAACAAAAGGGGUUCUCAACAGAAAUUUCCCGAUUUGAAUCUGAUCUUAUAAAUUCUAAAAGAAAAACUCUUUCCAAAAUGUCAAAAUGGACAGUCAAGGAGGAGGAGGUAAAAGUGGCAAUGGUGAGGUGGUCCCAGGAUUUUGGCCAUUCAAUAACCAUGGCCCAAUGGGAAAAUUUAUGGAAGAUCAAUUGGAAAUUCACAAAUUGUUACACGAUUAGAGAGAACUUUCAAAAAAUGCAACAUCGAUGGUAUCUAACACCAUGGAAACUUUCAAAAAUGUAUAAAAAUGUGUCAAGUAAUUGUUGGAGAUGCGGUGAAUCAGGAACAUUCUACCAUAUGUGGUGGAUAUGUAGGAAAAUACAGGUAUUCUGGGAGAGUAUCCAUGCAGAACUGCAAAAAAUGCUAAAGAUCUCUUUCAACAAAAAACCAGAGGCCUACCUCCUGGGAAUAACAGAUUUGGAUAUUCCACAAAAGAGGAAGGGUAUCUUUUUAUAUGCGAUGGCGGCAGCAAGAGUUUUGAUCGCAGCAAAAUGGAAGAGUAAUGAAAUCCCCUCUAUACAAGAUUGGAUCCAAAAGCUGACAGAAUAUGCCGAAUUAGAUGGUUUAUCAGAAAAAAUAAAGAACAAAUCAAAACAGGAAUUUGUUUCAAAAUGGGAGGUUUUCAAAGAUUAUCUGAAAAAUAAAUAUAGUAGUUUAAAUUCUGUUGCAGCAUUCGAGGAACUUCAGUAAUAAUUGCAAGGUAGAUAUAAGAAAUUAGAUUUAUUGAGAAUAAGUUAAAUUAUGUUAAAAGUGUGUAUUGGCAAAAAGUAAUAUGAAUUUGAAAUAUGGAAUAGACGGGAGGUUGGGUCUUUAGUGUCAAGACCAAUAGAUGUUUUAUUGUUUGCUAAGAAAAUUAUGUGUCUAUGGUUAUUUUUUUGUAAUUUGUGUGUAAUUUGGUAUUUGUGUUUUUUUCUUUUUGUCUUAUUGUAUAAAUAAAAAACUUUUUUAAAAAAAGAAAUAUGAAAACUGUUAUCUUUGUCCCUAAUUAUUUUGCCCUGUGACUUGAGUUUGGCAGUGUGUGUAGAAAUUGCAUAUCAAAAUAUUUCAAGUAUUAGAAUUCUUGGCAGAUCAUGCUGCCUGCUUGCCCUGAGUCUGUCAGUAAUUAACCAAAUGAAAAUCUUUAUCAGUAUCCUUCAUGUUUCCAGAUCAAUAGGCAAAGGGUUACAGACAUAAGCAAUUUUUACAGUAUUCUUAUUUCUGAAUGGGAGGAUCUUUUAAAGAAAAAAAAUACAUUCUUUUGAAAAUGAAAGCACUUGGUGCCUUUUUUUGUACAAGAAAUCAUUUUUAUGCACUGAAAUUUUCCUGCUUGUCAUAUUACAGAAUAUUGUACCAUUUCAGGAAAACACAGGUAAGGGAAAUCUUAGAACUUUCUGCACUACUUGUAUGUUUAAAUUGUGUAAAGAUUUAACUUUAACAGUUCUUAAUGGUGAAAGAAAAAGAUCAAUUAUAAAUCUGAGACAGUAUUCCUUUCUAGAAUUGGCUCUUAAAAAAUAACUACUUGCAAAUAUAAUAGUCAUUUUAUGAAAGAAGAUUAAUUUGGCUUAAGAUACAUGAUUUUGUUCUUUUUUUGUACUAAAUCCACAGAUUGAUAAUCUUGCUGUAAUCUUGAUUUAAAUGAGCUAUUGCAAAGGAAAAAAUACCAUUUAAAAUUGGCUAUUUUUAUUGGAUAUAUGUUUAGCUUUAUCAGCGUAUUGUGUUUCUUCAUAUGAAUGUAUUUGUAUCAUUUUUUAAAAAAGCCUGCUUUUCACUUGGAAAGACUUUAUGAGCCUUAUAUGUUAUAAAGCAGAAUCUAAUGGUUCAUUCUUGCAAGGUAUUCAUAAAAUGGUCACUUGAGCUUAAUUCUUCAGUUGUUAUGGAAUUGCUUUUUAAAUGAGUUUUAUGGCUCACCCAAAUAUGUUUGAAUUACAAGCAACUAGCCAAACCUGCAAGUACCCUGUUCCGCCCCAUCCCACCCAAGUCUUCCCCCUUUUGUGAUGUUUUGGGAUCACUUCCCAGUUUGGCGUGAUUCAUGCAUUUGCGGUCGCGCACAAAUAGAACACACAUAAAUGGGGGGGGGAGGCUUGCCUGUACUUUGGGGGCAAUGCAUUUCAUUAGAAGAGCUGACCUUCCUCCCUUUAAGACCUGCCACUUAGCAGAUCUCAUUAAUUCCUAAGGAUAUUGUGUUAAGCAUCAACUUCAUGGGACUUGAAGGCAGUUGCUUUGAUAUAUACUCUAGCGUUGGUGUGAUGGAACCUGUAUCGUGCCUAAUUUUACUUAACUGCCUAUGAGAACUAAUUAAAUAUAUAUUCGACUUUUUGUUGCACAUAUGUAGGUGUAAGAUCUAGAUUUCAAAAAUUUGCAUUGCGCUUGUGUAGCAAAACUGAGUCUUGUGCUACAAACAACCAUUUUCAGGAUCGUAUGAAUCAUUUUCCCAUUCAGAACAGUCACUACAAUAGAGGUGGCUGUACAGGCAGGUUUAAAUGGAGAUUUCUCCAUAGAAUUUGUAAAGUGGGGCAGGGGUUCUCAGAUGGGAAAGCCAAGUGGCUGUCUUUGACUAAGUGGACUGAUUAUAACCUGUCACUGAAGACAGAGCUGUUAUCUUCAGUUUUAUAAUUUCAAUGAAUUCUUUUUCAAUUAAGAAAUUGAGACGCAGCUGGCCUCUGACUCUGAAAAUGAGAACUACGAGGAGUAUCAGGUAUGUAGGACCCAUGACCGCAGUCAACCAAAAUAGUUAUCCAUCUACUUUUUUCUGGAGUUGUAUUUGAAUGGAGUCUGUUCCGGGAUUCUGUUCACGGGCAUAUUGAGGAAAUGGUACAGUCACUGAAGGAAGAGUGCAGAGAAAGUGCCUGGCUGAUGUUGAUAGGCAGGGAGUUUCAAAGUGUAGGCGCUGCCACACAAAAAUACUGAUUGUGGUACAUGCAACAGUGCCAGUUCCAUAGCUCAAACCAGUCUAGCGAGUAUUUUUUGUAAACCACUUGGAAGUGUUUUACAAUCAAACAGUUUAUAAUUAUUAUGAAAUAUAUACAGUGGUACCUCAGUUCUCGAACGUAACCCGUUCCGGAAGACCGUUCGAGUUCCAAAACGUUCAAAAACUGAGGCGCAAAUGGCUGCCCGCAAAUGUAAUUGAGAAAAUUGAAAAACACACAGCGGAAGUCGUUCAACUUCUGAGGCGCAUUCGGAAAUGGAAGCAUUUACUUCUGGGUUUUCGGCGUUCGGGUUCUGAAACGUUCAUCAACGGAGAUGUUCAAGAACUGACGUACCACUGUAUUGGGCCAAGGUGAUCCUGCAAGUAAACGUGCCAAGCUGUUAAAGGUUUUAUAUACUAAUAGUAACGCCUUAGACUUGACCUGGUGUCAAAUGGGCAACCAUUGCAGAUCUCUGACCAGAACUGUGAUAUGCUCACAAGAUUUUUCACUUCUGUUGGCAACCGUACUGCAGCACUCAGAACUAAAUGUAGCAAAAGAGAAGACUUACACUGAAGUAAUCCAGUGCUGAAGUCACCAGUACCUGAACUACUGUGGUCAAGCUCUCCCAGUCCUGCAACAGUCACUGAGGCUACCUGGGCAUCAAGUGACAAAGCUGGAUCCAGCACACACACACACCCAACUCUGUCCAGGGUAGACUAUAGGAACCAUUCACUCACAGUGGAUUACGAGGAUUUAAGCUCAAUUUAUUUUCCCUCAUCCAUCCCACCAUUGCAUCCAGACACUGGUCUAGGGCUCACACAGCCUCUCCUGAUUCAGUUAUUAUGCAGAAAUAGAGCUCCAUGUGUACUGAUAGUACCAAAACUCCUAAUGACUAUUCUCAGCAGCUUCAUGUAGCUAUGAACCUUCAUCCAACAUGGGGUGGUGAGAAUAACAUUAACAGGUUUAAGGGGUGUACUUUCCAUCCCAUUGAGAUUUCCAAUGUAGGGCAGGGUAGAACUGCAACCCUAUAAAAUAUUGUGUCUGUGGUGUCAGAAGUGUACUUAACAAUACCCAAACUCUCAGAGAUGUAGGGUGCUUUUCUAACCCUAUUAGGAAAUGUGCAAGAAAACUCUCCUUGCUUAGAGAAAUGCCCCCAAACAAUAUUAUAUAGCUUGUGCUAACUUAUUGGCACUUCCCCUGCAGUCUUGAAUAGCAUCACACCCUGUAAAAUUCAUGAAAACAGCUUCAGCUAAAGCUGUGUGCUUCUGCAUUUAGAAUUUGCCUAAAACUUACAGUACUGCAUGAAUCCUUUAUCUGCUGGAUCCAGCCAAUGACCCAGCAUCCUGUUCUCACAGUGGCCAACCAGAUAUGCCAGUGGGAAACCUGCAGGAUUCAAACACCAGAGCACUCUCCCCUUCCUGUGGUUUCCAGCAACUGGUAUUCAGAAGCAUUGCUCCUUCCAACUGUGAAGGGAAAACAUAGCUAUCAUGGCUAGUAGCCAUCAAUAGCCCUCUUCUCCAUCAGAAGGAGAUUAAUCUUCCCAUCCCAUAACUUUAUUUUUUUGUUAGUAGCAAGAAAAGUGUACAAAUAAUUGAAGGUAAUAUUAAAUUGCCUGUGCAUUGAGAAGGUGAUGGGGGCAGGUAAAUGUGUAGUAUAUAUUUAAACUUGCUUGCCUAAGUCUUUUGAAGCAAUAUAUGUAUUGCACAGUUAGAUUGUUGACAGCCAUAGCCAUCGCAGGUUUAUGUGGAGUGAUGCUAGCAUUUGAUCAAAUGUUUAAAUCAAGUAAAUAUGUAAGUUUGGUAGAAUGAAGAUCCAUUACAUCCCCAUACGUUGACUCUAAUAUUAAAGUUGAUUUUCUAGCCCAAAUUUAGCUAAUAUAGGGCUGUUGUUUUUUGUUUUGUUUUUUGCAAUUAUUAAGUCACCUAAUGAAGAACAGUCCAUGGACUCGUGUGGAAAGAGCCUACUUGAUACAGGUAAGGCAGGCUUGGUGGAAGAGCAUGCAAUUUAUUUAUAUGACUAAUCUAAGCUGUCUUGGAUGUGGAUGACAAUUGAGAGAGAUGAUCACAUGCAUUUUAAAAUUAUUAUAUGCCACUGAGCAAUGAUUGUUCUGCUUUAUUUCUUUCCAAUUUCCGGGGGAGGGGGGAAUCUAUAGCCUUUGUACAUAAAUUUGUACAUUAAGGUUGUGACAUGCACCUUAAUUGAAAAAUUAUUUCUCAUUUUCUUUUGAGCAUGACUCAUUUCUUGUUCAAACAGUUGAACCCUUCAUCAAAAGUUUUCUUCUGUAAGUGAGAUAGUUAAUAUAGCAGUAACCAAAUUGGGGUACUGUUUGGACUUAUCAAAGUCAGUAACUUAAGGAGCAAUAUCAACUACUUGUCUUAUCAUUUGCUGAAUCUUGUAUUGUUGCCACACUGUAGCCCCUUCUACACUCUUAUUAGUAUCAUUAAUUUUGCUCUACUUUGGGUAACUAUAAUUGCAAAGGAAAAACAAGACUAGAUCCCUAACUUUGACCCAGCAGCUUUUCUGCAUGGCAUAUUCAUGAGCCGCCUUCUGUUUUUGGUCUCUGCCCUACCUUUAGGAUGGGAAAGAAAGAACAACACUUUUAAUUCCAACAUUUCUCAUCCCUAUUAAACAGUUACCUAUCAAGAGGUGAGAGUAAUGAAAUAGCUUUGGGACAAUAUAUAAGCUUCACAAUCUCUUCAUUCAUGUGUUGCCUUCAGGUGUUGCAGGGAAGGGGUUUUUGACGAUGUGCAGUUUGCCCCUUUUCCCAGAGCUGUGCAACUCCUUCAUAGUGCCUACAGAGGCAUAACUUCUAAAGUGGGGACUCUGCAUUGUGCUUGAGACUCCCUGUGUGAUUUAAAUUCCUGGGCAGUCAGGGUUAUAAAUUGCACGAGCCUACAGCUACUUUCACCACACUUACCUGCUUCAUCCAAGUAACACCCAAAGAGAGGUGUGCUAGCAAUGAGGGGAAUAAUAAACCCAGAGAAAAUUGUCAGUCUUUGGAAACAGAAUAUUGCAUAGUUCAUUGCCUUGAGGUUUUGUGUCCAGGUUAAAUUUUGUACAAAUUUCUUUUAUCAAAGAAAUUGGAAGCAAUCUUAUAUUUGAGAUAUGUUUUGUUUUUUUAACUUUGAAUUGUAGGUCACAAAAGUGAUGUUGAAUCGGCAUCCAUUCAAAGACAUUUGGAAAAUAUGCAUAUCAAGGUAAAUGAGAAUUUUGGUUACAGUAUUUGAACAUUUGAAAUUUUAGGAUAUUUGUCUUAGGAGAGAAACAAUUGGCAGGAAACAAGGAAUAUGAGGAGUGGCUCUGAACUUGAAACUCCCCUGAGUUCUGCCAAAAGUUUUCUGAAUAUUCCAUAGGCUCUGCCUGUGUUUAUGAAACUAUUGCCAUGAGUUCUGGUUUGCUCUUACUUACUUUUCAAAAGCUGUGAUUCCCUUCCAAAUUCUUGAUCACAGUGUACUACUGUGGCUGUUUGAGUGAAUAGUAUAUGAAAAGCCUUCUCUUCCUUAUUACAGGGACUGCAGUCAUUAUUCUGGAUUUCUUCUAGUUUAAGAGAGAAGAAAAAAUAUUGGUCAUUGCCAUGUACAGCAAGUGGUACCUAUGGAAAUCAAGGAGGGAUAAUAAUAAUAAUUUGCUUGAGAUGUUAAUACAGACAAGCAAAUAUGACCUAAUAGGCAUUACUGAAACCAGGUAGGAUGAGACAAAUGGAAUGUGCAACCUGUUCAAACAGCUCAAAAAGGCUUUGUCACAUAUGGAUUUAGAAACAUAGCCUUAAAGGCAAAACCCUCAACAACUUAAGAAUGAGAGUAGACUACAUUGUUUGUGUGUACUAUCCUUGUUGGUUCAACAUAAAAAACAACAACACUCUUGGGUGGAAGGCCCACACAACAUCUUGUUUCAACUUCUAUUCACUCUUUUUUUAACAAAAGGAAGAUACCUCUCUCGUAUACUUUUCUGGAACACCCUCAAAGAAUAAAUACCAAGUCAAAAUGGACGUUCUGUUGGAGAAUAGUGUCUACUUUGGUCCAAAAUCACUUACGGUAACUGUUCAGCUGAUUGUAUUGAAAUCUUUAAACUUAUAGCUAGUAAUGCAAGUCCAGAUUUCUAUGUGCAGUUCAGUUUUCCUGUCUUCCCCAUUUAUUAUUUUUUUCUCUUGGAGGUACAUUAUCUGUACACAUUCACAGUGUUUCUAUUGAAAUUGAUGGGGAAGACUUAAGUGUAAUUCUCCUGUACUGACACCCUAAUAGCCAUAAAGUAUGAAACCAGGUUAAUAGUUAUUGAGAUGGGAUUUUGUUCUUCCUGUGUGUGCUUCAGUCUCAUUGGGUUGGGACGUAAUAAAUGGGGUAUAAAAAUGCAACUGUUACAUAAUAUUUUAAGUUUGAAUGUAUUAUUUGGCACUCAUACUCAAUUUGGAAAGCAUCAAACUAUAGUACAUAGGAUGUAUAUCUCAAGUAGUGUUUAAUUGCUUAGUUAUUUAAGGCUUGUGUCUUUCUGCAAAUCUUUUCUGUUUACUGACUAUCUACCUUUGGGAUUUUGGCUUAGGUUACAAGACCCAGAGCAAAGAAUGUUUACCAAUGGUCUCCUUUGCAAAAUCUGGGAGGUGAAUCCUUGAGUGGUGAGCAUCAUGACAAAUCCUAAAUGUUUUACUGAAAAAUAGUGUUUAAAGGAGAAGUAAAUGGUUUACUUCCAAAAGAAGGCUGGCACAACAAACUUUCCAAUCUAGUGAGCACAAAUGCUAGCUCUGAUUGAUUGACUGGCUCGGUACUGUGAUGCUAAGCAUUCCUUAUAAGACCUAAUUAAUUGGUGUUUUUAGAAACUUUGUUAUCUGAAUUGGAAACGAGCUAUAUAUGAAUCUAGCUCUUGAGUUUUUUGUUGUUGUUUUUUUGUGGAGUAUACAAAGACCAACUGGACCAGCAUGUACUUACCUGCUAUGGCUCCUUUGACAAGCAAUGGCUGUAACAGCAUAUCUGUUCAGCUAGCUCCAGCCUGCUCCUUUGCAUCUGCUAUGAAAAGGCCUUGUAAGAACUGCAACAUCUCCUCCUUCCUCCCGCUGCCACCACCAUUCUUUUUUUCAACUGGACCUUCAGUGCUGCAAGAGCAACUGCUCAGGACCUGAGUGGUCUGGCAUUCUGCUGGAAGCCAUGGAGGGCUUUUAAUGCUGGGCACUUUACCUACCUGUCAGAGCACUGGUCCAACUAGCACAGCACUGUCUAUGCUUAUUGGCAGUAGUUAUUCAUGGCUUCUGGCAUGAGUAUUUCCCACCUCUGAACAUAAGAAGAGCCUGCUGGAUCAGGCCAAUGGCCCAUCCAGUCUAACAUCCCUGAACAUGAGCGCAAGAGCACUCUCCCCUCUUGUGGUUUCCUGCAUCUGGAAUCCAGAAGCAUUGCUCCUUCUGUUGAUAGUCCUCUUCUCCAUCCUCUUUUAAAGCUAUCCAAGUUGGUGACCUUGGCUGCCUCCUAGGGGAGUGAGCUCCAUAGCUGGACUAUGCACUGCAUGAAGAAGUAUUUUCUUCUUUGUGCAAAGCAUAUAUUCUACCACUGAUCUGUGGUCCCUACAGUAACUCCAUGCUGUCCAGAGUCUUGGCAUUUGUUCACAAGCAUGGAAGUAUCUGGUUCGUCUCCCUCGACCCUUGUAUAACACUCUGGUGGCUGAUAUGAGCCCACUUGUUUUCCUUUAGUAGCUCAUUUUCAUUACAGUGGAACCUUGGGUUGUGUACCGUCCUCCUUACAAACACAUCGGGUUACGAGCUCCACUAACCUGGAAGUAGGUGUUCUGGGUAGCAAACUUUGUCCCGGGAUGUGAGUGGAAGUCAGCAGGAGGCCCCAUUAGUGUAAGCACACCUCAAGUUAAGAACGGUUUCUGGUUAAGAACGGACCUCCGGAACGAAUUAAGUUUGUAAAUGGAGGUACCACUGUAGCUAGAUUCUACUGUAUUGUUUAAGUCAGCUGCAAACAAUUUUUAUAAGGAUAGCACUCUAGAUAAUUUUAAAUGAACAUGCUUACAGGUGUAUGGUAAUAAACCUGUACUUUACAACACCCUGAAGUAUCAUUAUGAACAGAUUAACAGGUAACAGGUGUCUAGUACUCUCUAUCAGCUGUAGUAAAUUGAAUGCUGCUUUAUGUCAAAGGAUGUCGUAUUUUCUCGUUCUGUCUUACAAAGCAAUUUGUUCCAUGUUCCUCCUAGCUAUAUGUAGUUAAAUUACAUAGAUUGACAUUAAUUUGAGGCAACAUGGUGCAGUGGCUUAAGCUGCGUUUAGAUGUAUGAUAUGCAGCUUCAGAUUCCCAUUUAGCUUUGAAAUUUACUGGAUAGCUUUGGACAAAUGACAGUUUUUCAACCAAUUUUAUUCUUUGAGGAUAAGCGAAAUGAAGAUUCUAAAUCUCUGAUUAUUAUUUUUUAGCUUAAAAAUGCUUUACUGUAUUUUGAUUUUUUUAGUUAUUGGAUGGAUUUGAAGAAUGAUGAAUGCAGCAAUUUGGCCUAAUUAAAGAACUGUGCAUAUCUAUAUACAUAGAAUCUUUACUGAAGUUUCUACAUUGCCAGAGAAAAUUCUGUCUCAUUUAACCGUUAUGUGUGUAGAGAUGUCCCUGUGAUAUUGAUAGGAGUGGGAAUAUGAGUUUAUGUAGGAGCUCUCAACUUAUUAGACUGCAUGACAUCCUUUGGAUCAGAGUUGGGGGUCUUUUAUUUUUUAUUUUUUUAAUAAUUUUUAUUAACUGGCCAAUCACAUCAAAUUAAAUCACAUCACAUAAAUUCCAAAUUACAAAGCCAAAUUUUUAAAUUUUGUUGGGGGAACCCAUACUUCAAGAUCCAAAGGGGGAUUCAAAUCAUCUUCUUAUUACUGCAUUAAUGUCCAAAUCAGUCCCAAUCAGUCCAAACAGAGUUCAUAGUUCUGUCCAAUCUUAUCUUGGUGUUUCCACAUCAUAUCUUGUUCAUAUAAUUUUUCUUUUUCCUUUACGAUCUCUUCUGUUAGUCUCCUUAAGCCGAUAAGCAAAUAUAAUAAUCCUGUGUGAAUUUCCCGUUCUUCCAAUCUAAGUCCAGAUGGUUUCCAUAAAUCAUCUCCUUCGUAGAUAACAUCGCUCUUUCCAUCAUAAAUUAGGCAGUUGUCACUCUUAAAUCCCACCGAGGAGUUAGUCCACGAUAUGUAAACAACUCUGUUUCUUCUCCUCCCAGACUCAAGAGCUCCGACAGUGCCUCCCAAAAUGGCGACGGCAUUUUUAACUGCGUCAUUCCAAAACUCUUAAAUUUCCAGCUUCGUCUUGGAACAUUGCUUUGGUUCGAAAAUUUAUCUCCACACAGCCUUAAAUCCACAACUUAAGUCCUUAAACCGACAUUUCUGACUCGUUAGGGGAGGGGAUUCUUGUUUAAUCACAUAGAGAAAUAAAGGAGGGUUUUCCCCCUCCCCCUCAGUCAUUUGCCGUACCGUAUCUUGACGUAUCUUCUCAUAUCUUAUUCUUGUCUUGUUUUAUCAGAGAUCUCUUCUGUCAGCAGUCUUUACUCCCCUCUUUCCUUGAAGUAUGUGCAAUUUAUCUCGUCCAAAUUGUUUCUUUUGAAGAUUCUUGCAAACUAGUGGCGCGGAUCAGAGACGGCUUCGAGGAGUGCCGGAAUCCCACAGGAGGGCUUUGUGCCUAGUGCCCCCAUCCCCACAAAUUCGGGGUGGUAUAGGGCACAGCAGGCAAGGGCCGUCCCCCCCACAAUCCUGGAGGGGUUAAGGAGGCUAAUUACCCCCAUCAUAGCCUCCAAAUUACCUCAUGUGGGUCGGAGAGAUGUUAUUGUCAGCCAUCUUCCGAUGCGCCCCCUAGUGCCCCCCCCAGAGUUGGGGGUCUUUUAAAGGGGUUACCAAUAAUUUGUUUCAUAUAUUUAUUUACUUGCAUACUUGCAAAAUCAUAUAAAAAUAUAUCUAUGUGUUAAAACAAAAACGACAUAAAUCAAAAAUACAUUAAAGAAACAAAUAUAAAAAUGGGUCAUCUCACAAAUAUAUAUGUGUGUGUGUGUGUGUGUGUGUGUGUGUGUGUGUGUGUGUAUAUAUAUAUAUAUAUAUAUAUAUAUAAUUUUCAUAAGAUGGCUUUCUGAAAUAGUCUUAAGUUGGUGCCUGAAGCUAUGUAGACUUGAUUUCACUAGGUAGAGAGUGCCAGUAUCUUCAUCAAAUAGCCUCAUUAUCAAGAGCUAUUCAAAUAUCAAAUAUUGCCUCAUUAUCAAGUGAAAUUAUAAAUUGCUGCUACAAAAUUUAAUUUAAAAGUAAUCAUGACAAUGAUUGUUUCUUAAAACACAUAGAAAAUACCUGGUUUCACAAUGGGAACUGAGAAAAUCCUAGGUAAUUUAAAAAUGUGAUUAGUGGCUUCUUAUUUUAAAUUUCUUGCAUUAUAGCUUAUUUAGAACAUCAUUAGCAAUAGUCUUAAUGUUAAAAAAAAAUUAAGUAUUAGUACUUAUACUUCCCUUUAUUUGGUCUAGUAGGUCACCAUGAUGUAGUCCUGAGGAAGCAAACAGAAUCUAUAAAUGAGCAUCCUGCAUCAACAUCUCUGCAUCUGUCCAACUCUGCUGCUCCAGGCUCAGACAAUAUGACAAUUCUGCCUGAAAAUCAGUCUCUUGGGGGUGGAAAUGAAACUGUCUGCAGUAGCUUUUUGGAAAUGUACGAGUCUGCGGAUGAGCAUUGUUCUUGGAAUAACGUAACAAUAGUAGACUUGUAUCCAGGAAUGGUGAAGGCACUUAGCAGACUGUUGCGUAAAGCAUCCCACAAAGCUUCUUCUAAUUCAUUGAUCAAACGGUACAGAUAUGGCUAUUGGCACCCUAAGAAAACAAAGCUUAAUACCAGUACAGCGAGAGUAAGGAAGUCCAGACAAUUAAAACAGAAGUCUAGCUUGACAAUUAGAGAAGAUGAUUCUAAGGGAUAUCAAUUGUCCAUGGCAAAUAAUGAGCCAGUUAGUCCUUCGUAUGAUGGCAAUCAUGAAAUGCAAUGCUCAUUGAACAAGGCAACUAAAGUAGUAUCUUCCAUGUACUGUAAUACAGAUAGUGUGGAAAUGGAUGCUUCUGGCAUCGUAGAAGAUCAUUCAUACACAGAGAAUGUCGGACUAAAUGGCGUGGAGUCCACCAUUUUUCCCAGGGAUCUUUCUACAGAAGAAACAUUUCUGGUCAGAACUGCAUCUUAUAUCCCUUCAUUGUCAAACUUUGGAAGAAAGGCUCAAACAUUUGAAGAGUACUCAUCAAUUUGCACUGUAGAUACAGGAACAACAUUUAAUCUAGCAGAAGAUUAUAAAACUGAGAUGAGCACUAGGACAUUCAAUGCUACAUCAUGUUUAAGCUUGUCUUUGAAUAGAGGCAUAAGCUGUGUCUUGCAAAAUAACAAGUCUUCUCCAGUGAAAACUUCAAAUAGAUUACCUGGGAAUCAUGAAAUUAAAACAUUCAACAAAGCUGUUUCACUACAGCGAAGUCAUUCAUUUUCAUCACUUCCUGUUAAUCGCAGUCCCAUCAAAACUCCCCAGAAAUGUGAUGAUGCCUUCCAAAAAAUGUAUAAGGAGCUUUGUUGUUCAAAGAUGCGAAAACAAUUUAAGUGCUCAACUAUAUGCACAAGUCCUAGGAAGUCUCCAGAACUGUGCAAGUUUGGUUUUAAAAGUCUUUCUUCAAAUUUUAAUCAGAAGCGUAAAAAUAUGAUUGAGAGUAUAUAUCAGAAAUUGUGUUCUGAAGGGCUUCCAAAAAUUCCUACAUUUAUGCGUGCUGCAAACUUAAAAAAAUAUGAAGGAAUCCCGAUGUCUGACACAGUGAAUGCCCUAGUUAAUUCUCCUGUAAGAACUUUACCUGCAGUUGCCAGAAUUAAGAGAGCAGCAAACUUCUGCACUGAAGAUUCUCAGACUUCACCGUUGAAAAGAUUAAAAAAUAUAUCUGAGAACUCACCUUAUCGAAUAAAUCAGAAGCUACCUUACUGGAAAAACAAUCUUCAGAAAACUGACAUGACUUUUACACUUCAUACUCCUAAUGCCAACAAUUGGACCUCAAACAUGGUAAGUAAACUAUUGACUUUGAAAUAUAUGAAAAAGUACUCCAAACUGAAAGACACUUAAGUAUUCCCUCAGUGACAAGAUUCCUGAAGUAGAUAAAAUGUAAAUUUCCAGGACUUGUUUCAAGUAAGCUUGCAUAGGACUGGGCUAGAAGUCUUAUUAUACGUGUCCCCGAUCCCACUCUUGAGUGAAUUAUGGUACUAUAGAACACCAUCACUUUGCAUCUUGGUAACUGAACAGAAUGUGUAUGAAGCAGGGGAGGGGAAAAGUAAUACAGUGGUACCUCGGGUUAAGUACUUACCGGUAAUUCGUUCCAGAGGUCUGUACUUAACCUGAAACUAUUCUUAACCUGAAGCACCACUUUAGCUAAUGGGGCCUCCUGCUGCCGCCACACCGCCGGAGCACGAUUACUGUUCUCAUCCUGAAGCAAAGUUCUUAACCUGAAGCACUAUUUCUGGGUUAGCGGAGUCUGUAAACUGAAGCAUAUGUAACCUGAGGUACCACUGUAUUCAGGUUUUCCCAAUCUUCUGAAAAAUAUGCCCCCAGUUACCACAAAUAUAAAGCAAGCAAACUGAGACAGAAAAGAAGCUAAUUGACAUUGAUUAACAUAAUCCCUGGAUGAUUAUCCAUAUUGUAAAACUGAUUCAUUUUUAAUAUUUCAACAUUUUAUUUUCAGGAUUCUGGGUUUUGUAUUUCUUCAAAUCACACCUUUAUGGCUGUUCCAAGUACUUGUAGAAAAGGUAGGUUUUAAAUAUGAGAAAGUAGUAAUCUAUGGUAUCGAAUAAGUGUUGUCCAGAGGAAAUUGAAGCAGCUCUCUUUAGAUCUUUGACAGGAGGCCCAUUCUUUCUCUAGCCCAUCAUUUCUUGUGAUUCCAAGAGCUAUCCAGUCUUUAGUUACUUGGCCAGCUUUAAUUUGAAAAACUUUGGGGGGCAUCAGCUGUAUACAAAAGAACAAUAAAAUAAGAAUCGCCUGGAGGUGUUCCACAGCAGAAGAUAACCAUUGUUUAGAAAGUACCCAUUCUCUUUCCCAGGUCCAUUGAUGGGCAUUUCUCCAGGGGGGGAAAUAGAGAUGGACAGAGUGCUGUUAAAUACUUGGGGAUGGGGGGUUGGAGGUUUUUAAAGAAAGUUGCUCCUGGUACUGACUGGGUAAAGCUGGAAAACUUAAAAUAUUCAUGGAAAUUAUUGAAACCUUUUUCAGUCUUAGAAAUAAUAUUCCAUUCACAUGGCCUGCUUAUUUUAAAUACAAGAGUAGAAAAUUGAACCUAAAUCUAGACAUCCAUACAUGUCAAACAUAAGCAUUGACUUACUGAAUUGUUAUGCUGUUAGCCAAGCAAACGGGGGAUUUCCAGAUUUGAAAAAGAGCUAAGCAAAAAAAAACAAACCCCCUCUUAUAUUCCAGUCAGUAUUCCACUGCGUGUAUUUUCGUCUGGUUGGCUUGUUUGUAGCCCUUUAGUUCAGUUCAGUGUGUUAGUCCCAAAGAUGUCCUACUUGUGGCAGGGUUGUUUUUUUAAAACUAGUGGCUAGAGCAUUGUGUGAAAAGAAGGAUGGACACUAAGAGCUUAUUCACACUUACUUUUAUCCUGCUCUUUCCAGGCAUAGUUCUGUACUUAAAACGCCAUGUCUAGAUGUGGGUCCCUCUCCCAUGGAAACCCACUCUUUAGCACUCAAACAGAGCAAACAUCUGUUUGGGUUUCCAAGGAUUGCUCUUUACUCCAAUUGAGCUUUAAAGAGUGGAUUUUCACAAAGAAAGCUCUGGAGCAAAAGGGGGGGGCACUCAGUGCUUUAAAGCACGGACUGUGCCUAGAAAAAAAACAGAGGAAAGGUAAGUGUGGAUAAGUCCUAAGGCUGCAAUCCUAACCUCAGUUCCCUGUGAGUAAGUCCCAUUGAAUGGAAUCGGACUCGCUUAUUAGACAUGAUUAGGAUUGCACUGUAAAACCAAAAUGUUCUAUGUAUGUCACAUCUUACACAAGCAAAAGCAUGAGAACUGUGAUAGAACACUUAAAGUGCUACAUGGACUCUUAAAAAUUUGCAGGCACAUCCCAGAAACUGCAAGUUCCUUCUCCACUCAUUCUAAAGGAAGAAGCAGUAAUUUUUAAUGUCUGAGUGAUGCUCACAUCUGCUGCAGUGAUUAUUAUCUGGGUUUGUCUGUUUUUAAUUUGGGUAUUGGUUCUGAAGUUCUUAAAUUAAACUGGGGAAGUUGAGAUAUACAGAAUCAUUUUGCUUGUACAGACAUCCCUUUGCACCUCUCUUCAUUAUUGCUGCAGUUAAAUCAGGAAGUCUCCAAUUAACCAUUGUUUCCCGUUUUGUCAAACAGUUAAACUUGCUCCCAGCAAGUUACAAAAACAUUGUAAUUCACUUUUAUUUAUUCACCCUGCUAAGAUUUAAAGUAUUUAAAAUAUUUUUGUUAACUUUGUUUGCGUUAAAUACGUAUUCUGUAGUUGACCUCCUUUGUAAUGUUUUAUUUUGAAAUCUUUAAGAUAAUAGUUUAAUUUUCUGUUAAUUAUGUUGGUUUGACUCUAUACUCUGUAUUUGACUUUCUUCAGAUGGCUUUAUUGAUGUUUUAUUGAUGUUUUAAUAUUCUAUAAACCGCUUUGAGAUUUUUCUUAAAAAUAUAAAGUGGUAUAGAAAUGGCUUUUUUAUAAUUUCCAUGCAAAUUUCUUGCUUUACUUACUGCAUCUAAUCUCAUCACAGAAUCCAGAAUUACAAGUGUGGAUGAAAAGAUGCCCACGUUUGUGCAAAAUAGUGAUUCCCUAAGAAAAUCACAGAACUAUACAUCACCGUUAAGUAUCACCUGAAUUCCUUUUCAGUAUCCCUUUGCUGUAUUUCUCUGUGAAAGUAUAUGAUGAGGAGAAGCAAUAAUGGUUUCCUAUAAGCUACACCUAAGAUGAGUUGAAGGACUUGCACUGUAACUUGUCUUAAAAUCUACUUUGCACAUUGGUGCUUUAUGUGACUGGCAUCUAACUGACCACUUAUUGGUUGUUAAUAACUUUUGGAUGUUUGACAUGAAUGUGUUAAAUUUGCUCCUUUCAAGUUUGCUAGGACCAGAUGAAAUUUGGUAGCCCAGUCCUGAAGGUAGUGUGGUUCCGUGUAGUAUUUAUUGGUAUUAUAAUAGAUAGCAUAUUGUCAAGUUGGCUUAAUACAUUCUUCCCUCCCCUUUGCAGUGCUGAUUCCUUUUUGAGAAAUAUGGUCUUGGCAGUAGUGUGCCAAAUAUUGGGGGUUGGUUUGGAAACUGGAAAGGUAUUUAAAAGAAUGCAGGAAGUCCAUUAUGAGCACAACUUUUUUGUAUAUGACUCAGGGAUGACUGAAGAGUUACUUUAUAUUGGUGUUUUAUUGCAUUAGUCAGGAGUCAUCUCCAAAUGGUUAAUGCUUUUCUAGAGACAAUAGAUGCUGUCUACCACAGUGAAAAUAAUGCCAUUACUGAGAGAGUUCCUGAAAUUACUGCACCUAUAGCAUGCUUAUGAGCUUGCAGCACUUUGUGGGGUUUAAAAUUAGUAACUUUAAUAUGAAGUCUCUUUACUUACUGCACUCUUUUUAUGUGAUAUACAAUGGAUUAUAUUUUGUACAGAUUUAUCUGAAACACCAUGAAUAUUCACCAAAGUAUUAUGCAAGGAGCUGGAGAUUGAGGGAAAUGUGUUGUUUUUAUUAUUAUUUAUUUCCGUUGAAACAGCAAAAAAUAUCCUAGUCUUUGGGAAGAACUUGUUUGCUGCCAGUUCAUUUUACUGCACCUUUCCAACACUAUUUUGAACAGACAAGAUCCUCUUUACUUUUCAGGGUUUCCAGAAGGCUCAGCUAUCAUGGUGGGAGAAUCAGAAGAAGAAAUGCUUAUGUGGAAGAACUUCUGUGUGAAGACUAUGAAAGUUCAUUUCUGGACUACAGGGAAGAUUCAUGAUUUUUAAGGGGAAAGCUGUUUGACUGAAUGCAAAAGUUCCCUUCCAUUUAUGAAAAGAACUUGAAUCUAUUGGACCUUUCACGAAUGGAAGCAAGGGAAUUUUCACCAGUUAUGCUUUUCCCUAUGUUAUUCACCAGUACCACCACAUCUGUUCCAGAUGUUCCUUCAACCCUCUGAAGCAGAAUUCAGGAGGGUGCAGGAAUCUCCAGAGGGAAGAGGGAGCUGAGAGCGCCAUGUUCCAUGAUUCUUACCCUAAUUCACUAUCUAACCUAUUGCAGAUAUGUUUUGUCAUAUGAGAGCUGCGUAUCCUUCAAGGAUCUGUUUCUGGAAUUCAGUUAAUGCAGCUGUUUGCAUCUAGGGGCCAAAGUAUUAUCUGUCUUAAGGGAAAGCACUGUUCCUUCUUGAAGGCUUAUCAUUGCUUGAGUGUCAUUUAUGGAAGCAAAUGCUCUUUUUGUUUUCUGCAGGUGUAAUUUCAGCUAUUGCUAUUGUGUUUUGCUUGGCUAAUCAACUCUUAAUGUAGAAAUAAUGUUUUAACAGGCUAUUUAAUGCAUUUAAUUUACUAUUCAGUGAGCUACUCUAGGGAUGAGCAGAGCUUUAUUCCAUUGUUGAAACUGCUAAAUUUGUGAAGAUUUAUAAUGUAAUAUAGUAUGCUUCAAAUGUGUUUUAAUGUAUGUAUCUACGAGUACUUGGCACUUAUAUUGCCUAAUAAACCUUUAUAUAUGUUGUGUGAAUUUUGUUACAUUCCAUUAGCAGAUUAACUUUUAUAGCUCUGUGUUUCCUUUUUGUUAAUAAGCAGCAGCCUUUUUUAGUCACCAACAUCCUAGCGGGGAAGAAAUAUGUUAAGGAUUGCAGCCUUAAUCUUGCAGUCCUAUUUCUUAAAUUUCUAGAAAUGCAGAAAGUAGUGGUCAUGACAGUAGAGAUAGAACUUUCAUCCUACCAUAUCCAUUUCAGUUUUGCAUCCAGCUGCUGCUGCUGCUUUACCAUGUAAGCCCAGGAAGGAAAAAUUUCCCAGCAGAGAAAUGACUAGACAAUGUGGGUGCUGAAUCUUCUGUUUUUAUGUGCGCACAGUCAUUUUUUGCUCCAGCAGAGCUUCCUUACCCAUUUCUACCACAAAGCCAAAUCUGGCACUAGUGGUUAUUAUGAACUACAAAUAGGGAAUUCUUGGAUUCAUUGAUCUUGGUGCCUUAGCUAUCAGUUUCCCCUUGAUAAUACUGAAUAAAUUAUUCUAGCCUAUUUUACACAAAAUACAUUGGACAUUUGAGGAACGCCUUAUAAACAGUAAGCUGUAUUCAAUACAUAAGAGCAUAUAAUGGCACAUACCAGUGCUUUGGGGCAGCAGUAUAUUACAAUGAUAAUAUGGCAGCUUGUCAUCCGAUAUAUCUAUACUUCCAUCAUUUAAGAUGCCUUUCAAAAUUUCUACUGUGGGACUUAGUGAAAUGUGCGUUGACCUGGCAUUCUUUUAGAUAAAAUCCUAGAGACUUUUUCAGACAGGGCUUUGAUGAAAGGUAGCACUAUAUGAUUGCUGUAAUGAAUGUAUUUAUUUACAUGUAAAUGGCUAGUUUCUCCUGCUGUUUGAAAGUUGCACUGCACUCCCA